UGACGGUUUCCAUUGACAACUGUUGUAAUAGUUUAUUUCAAUGUUUUAUUCAUAAUUUAUAGAUAAAUUGAUAUUAUUAAAACAUCAUUGAGAGUUCCUUAAAAUGUCUAAGGCCACUACCAUAAAGGAGGCUCUCAAACGCUGGGAGGAACGAGAGCAACAAAGUGCUGCUCAAGCCACAGCAAUAGAAUUGCAAUUUCAAUGGCCGCCCAUUGAAAAAAUGGACAAUACAUUGGGUUCGUUAGUCAAUUGCGAACGCUUAAGCUUGUCUACCAAUAUGAUAGAGAAAAUUUUCGGUCUAAAUGGUAUGAAGAAUUUAAGAGUUCUAUCGUUGGCAAGAAAUUACAUUAAACAAAUAUCAGGAUUGGUAAGUACUGCUAAAACUGAAUUAGAACUGAACUAG